CUUCCUCCUGGAGUACAGAGGACACUAACUAGUUUCGUGAGGAAACUUCCUCUGACCCCUGUAUGGAUAUCAGGAGCCAAUUCAUGAAUCCUGUCUAUUUUAAGUCUGAUGCUGCCCCACGUACAGAUGGUGUUUCAUGGAGUUUUGUGACAAGAUCUAGAUUUAUUUGCAGUUCAAAUGCUCUACCAGUACUGCAGUUUAAACACUUUGCAUUAAGUAAAGUUACAUACACCUGCAGUAAUGGAGGCUGUUUAUGAGGGUGCAGAAGUCAAGAUAAUAACAGAAGAUGUGGAAGGAUGUUAUACCUUUAUGGAGGUCUCAUCACCCAAAAGGAAAAAGAAGAGUAAAAAUCAUGGGGAAAAUGCAGAAAAAGCAAAAAAGCCAAGGUCAGCAUACCUGCUCUACUACUUUGACAUACAUCAGAGUAUGCAGCAGGAAUAUCCCGACAUCCCUCAAUCAGAAAUCAAUAAGAGGAUCAGUGAAAGCUGGAAGAGACUGAAUGUAGCAGACAAGGGCUAUUAUUUGGAGAGAGCCAAGCUGGAGAAGGAAGGGAUUGAUCCAAAUAACCAGAUGGCUGGAAUUUCAGCAGACGUCCCAGGUUUCCGCAAAAUCCUGCCCCGCGCAAAUUAUUAUAUUUUACCAAAAAGUGCUGUAGCAGACGAAAGGGCGGUCAAUCAGGUGGAAGUCUGUUUGGAGACCGAGGCUCAGGAGCAGCAGGAGGGCACCCCCAUUCCUCACACCCUCUCUCACGAGGCCCUCUUCUCCCCUAUGGGCCUCGGCAGCGAGGUAGAGCUGUCUGAGCAGUGCAUCGCCAUCGAGGCACUGAGUGGUGAGACGGCUACGGCUCUCACACAGUCUGGGGCCCUUCAGGAGAUUCUGUCCCAGUACUCCGGGGCCAGCCAGGAUGGAACAGCUACAGGGUUUGUGGUGAAAGAGGAGGCAGUGGAGAUGACCGAAGGCUAUGGAGCGGUCAGCGUGCUCAUCGAAGAAGCGACUGUCACCAGCCCGACUGUGCAGCAGACUCAGGAAGAAACCCACCUUGUCACUAUCAUUCCAAAUCAGGAGCUGGUGGAUACCAAUGUCUCCGCUGGAACCAGUCCACUUGUUAUGGUUCCUUUGAACACAAGGCCUGACCCAAACCCAAAACCAUCCUUUAAACUGUCAAUAAAAUACACCAGGAGGGGGAGAGGAAGCUGUCAGACCCCAGGCUGCUCCUUCACCUAUGUCACUCGGCACAAGCCCCCACAGUGUCCUCAGUGUGGAAAGCACCUGGGUGGGAAGUGGGUUCCCAGUCAGGGAAAGAAAGCCCAGUCCAGGGCAACAACAACAGCAGCUGCAGUCAACAGAGGCUCUUCCCGAGAGCAGCAGAAAUGUGUUGGUGAGGUCAGCUUACCACCUCUGGAGUCUUCGGAGUCAGUGACGCAGCUUAUUGUGGCAGCGUCCUCAUGUGACACUGACGCUAAAGCACAGUGGAAAGAAAUGCUGGCAACAAGCCCAGCCGGUACAGUCUGUGCCACCCAGUGCAGGACAGAGGGAAGUGACUUGGAGAGUGAGGGAACCAAAAAUACUGGAGUAGAAUGGCCUGCAAUUACAGAGAAGUCAACACCAGGGGGCACCAGAAACAAAAGUCCAGCCUUAAUGCUUCCUUCGACAAAGAAUCCUGCAGUUAGUUCUCCCGUUAUAAAUGUCUCCAAUAUGAAGACCAAACUGCGAGAGAAGUCUACAGUAAUUGGGUCAAAACGUCCAAUACGAGCCAUUCUCCCUGCUCCUACUCAGACAGGUCCUGAUCACGGUACUACUUAUGUCCAAUGGGUAGCUCUGCCUCCAAAUAAAAUGAAGGAUUUAGAAACACCCAAGAAUAACGGCAAAACAACAAAGAGGUCCUCUGUAAAGGUGUCAGGACUGAAGCCCAGUACAUUGAAGCAAUUAGGACAUCCAGUCAAAUCAGUGAAUGAAGAACAAGCUCUUCCUAGUCCAAUCAAUAGCAAUUCAAAUGCUUUGACUGAAAAAGGAGUGAAGAUCGUGUCAGUGUUAUCUUAUAAGCAAAGUCCUAUCACCUCUCUUGAUCUUGGGUUAUCAACAGCCCGUGGACGAGGAAAGUGUAAAAACCCCUCCUGUGAUUAUGUUUACAAAAACAGGCACAAACCACAUAUGUGCCCCAGCUGUGGGUGGGACCUAACCACGGAAAAGAAACCCAAAAUGUUUAACGUGCCUGUUUCUGUCCCUGGCUUGCUGGACCCUUACCAACCCCUGAACGCUGCCCAGAAGGAGGUGCAGCGGCAGUCCACCCUGCAGCUGCUCCGUAAGACUGUGCUGAUUCCCGAGAGUGAGGCCGAGCUGGUGGAGGCCAUGGCUCUUAUCCAGGAGCUCAACAGCACCCAAGUGGUCCUUUCCACAGCCAAUGAAGAGACCAUUGCCAUUGAACAAUCAGGAUGGCCGCGCUAUUAUGAGUCUUCUGCCUCCCAGUGCUUGCUCUGCAACUGUCCUCUCUUCAAAGGCGGGCAGAACUCAGUAGCUGGACAAGAAGACUGUUGGCUGUUGACUGACUCCCACAUACAAACUGCCACUGUUCAGCUCAAGAUUUGUUUGAAUCCUCAGUGUCUGGCACUUCAUAGCUUCAGUGACAUCCAUUUAGGUCUCUUUAAUGUUGGCAACAAGCUGUUGGUGAGCAUUGAUAUUUUGUUCAAGAUUAGAAAUCAAAUCAAACUGGGGCACAACCCAAAAGAAGCUGCACUACUAAUUCUGGAAAAUGUUCAGAACCAGCCAGUGAAUACUCUGAAUCCCAGUGAACUGUCCCACAUUCUGGAGCUGCUGUGCAGUGGGUAUUGGGCCUUCGAGUGUCUCACUGUCAGGGACUAUAACGACAUGAUCUGUGGGGUGUGUGGCAUUGCUCCAAAGAUGGAGAUAGCACAGAGGAACACGGAUAAUGUCCUCCAUCUGAAAAAUAUGGAGUUUACAUGGCCAGAUUUCCAGGCUCCUGAUGAAGUCAAUGUGGAUGAUUUCUGGUCAACAAUGGAAAGUGAAGCAAUUGAGCAAGCAGCCUUCCCCUCCAGUAUCCCUAUUACCAAGUUUGAUGCAUCUAUCAUCGCACCUUUCUUUCCUCCUCUGAUGAGGAACUCCGUCAUUAUUAACACUGAGAAGGACAAAAAUUCUUCUGAUCAAGCAGCUGUAGGUAACAUUGCAGCCUUGGUGAGAUUAAUUCAUGAAGGUACUUUCAAACCAGAUCAAGUGAAUGAAUACAGCAAAGAGGAACUGAGAGAUUUUCUCCAUUAUUGCAGCGUUCCCAAUGAACCAGAAGACACAGAGAAGCAAAUGGGAAUGGCAAUAUGUGCUCUCUAUGCCUAUAUCCAGAAUGGCAUACUGACAGCCAAGCAACCUCCUGCUCACCUAACAGCUGGGAAAUUAUACAAGAUUUGUCCUCACCAGGUCAUUUGUGGCUCAAAGUACAUUGUACGAAGAGAAACUGCCCGUGACCAUGUGGAUCUGCUGGUGUCCUCGCGCUACUGGCCCCCAGUGUACGUAACAGACGCUCCCCGGCAGGUGGCUGUUUGCACAGAUGUCCGGUACCCUGAACUGGCAGCGCAGAUGUGGGGGAAGAACCAGGGUUGUUUCUCGGACCCCAUGGCGGACCCAGAGUAUGUAUCCUGUGCCGAGCUGCAGGACCAGCAGUACAGUAUGGACAUUUCUGGGGCUGAAAGCUCUCUUGUGCAUCCCAUCACAAAAUCUCCAUCUCGUUGGGUCGUACAUUCCAGGGAGGACCUUGAGGAGUCGGGAGACCCCACAGCUCGGAACCACUGCCUCUCGCUGUGCCAAGAGCUGGAGCCCUACACGUCUGUCAUUAGUGGACUGAAAGACAGCAAGACCAGUGCUGUCCGACAGAAACCCUUCGCCUUUGACAAUGCAGCUUACUAUUACCUCUAUAACCGACUCAUUGAUUUCCUCACCAGCAAGGACAUUGUUAACCAGCAGAUAAGUGAUAUCUUGCAGAGCUGCCAGCCAGGGGAAGUGGUGAUUCGAGACACUCUUUACCGCUUGGGUGUAGCACAGAUCAAUACUGAAGUGGAGGUGGAGGAAGAGACAGUGCUACCAGAGUAGAACGUUUUCCUUGUCCUUUCUCUAUUUUCAAUCUUUCAACAGCAGAUUACUCACACAGCCAUCAAAUCCCCUUGUAUGUUGGAUCUUGGGGAUAUGCGGUAGAGCAUGGGUAUUCUGCAGUAUAAUGUUUUGGUGCAGCAAAAUAGUACUUGAUUCUAGCUAGUAAGUGAUGGUGGUUAGAUAUUCAGGAUAUAGAAUAAGAAAACAUUCUUCAUGCAUCGACAUGUUCCAUUGUCAUACUGAGCAAAUGGCUCUGUAGUUCUUUCUUGCGUUUACAUUGAUUUGGAGCUCCUUUGUUGUUUGUGCUUUGCAACAAUGACCAAGCUAAACCAAUAAUUCUUUGCAGAAGUUUAACCACCUUUGUGAAGCAAAGGAAUAGAAGACAUUUUGAGUCGGCACACAAAGCAUACAAUGUAUUCUGGGCUGUUUCCACACUCGGUACAAAGAGUGUUAAACUUGUGCUUUAUUCAGACAAUAACGGAAAUGAACCAGGGUGCUGCCAUAAGUUAUUAUUAAGAUAUGUUGUAAAGGAGAACGUUUGUGCAGUGAUUCGCUGCCUAAAUCACUAAAAGAAAUGUCUUCUUAAAGAAAUCUUCUGUAGUUAUUGUUGAUAAUUGAAAAAACAUGAAGUUUAGUGAUCAUGGAAUUCUAUAUAAAUAUUUGAAACACCUGACUACACAUGUCUGCAGCUGGGCAGGAGUACCUUGCAAUACUGUACUGGUAUGCAGUAAAUCUUUCUUUAAUAUGUGUGUUUUUAAACAUUUUACUUAUCAUUGCAUCAGUAGAAAUCAUUCUCUUUAAAUUAAUUAAAUAAAUAUGUAAUUUUCUUAAUCUUUCCUGGAAAAAUUGGAAGGUCACCUCCUUAAUGACUUCAGCAUUCAGAAACCAACAGUUCAGCACAAUGCAAGGCUAAAAACUGUCAUUUAUUUGACUUUACUAUUCUUAAAAGCAGAUAUGUGAUUUAUUUGUAAUAGGAUUAAAUUGUGGUGACAAUUAAAGUUAAGAUCUGUCUUAUCUGAGGGUUGUUUUGUACCUUUAAUUCCUUGUUAUUCCAUUUCUUCUCAGUCCUGUCCUUCCAGUCCCUUUGGCCUACAUGAUUAUUUGGAUUUGCUGUUUUGAGAACCAUGAUAAUAGGGUGUUUAAAAAUUGUUAAAUGCACUGUAUGAAAAAAUGAAAAUACUAUGUGAAUAUGAAAUCUGUACAGGUAAUUAUAUCUUUGGACUGAAUUUAUGUUAAAACAGCUUGUUUUGUGUGAAACUGACAGAAAUCUGGUUUGUAUUCAUUGUUUGUGUAUCUGGGUGCGUUAAUAUUUAUUUAUUGUAUUCUGAAUAUCUGUUCCUAGCUGUUGGAUUCAUGAGAAGCUGUGAGCUGUGGCUCCUGUUCCAUUCAAGAAAAGUAGCAUGUUUGGGCUCUGUUACUUUGCCUCAUUAUACAGGCUUUUGGAUGGAUGCUGAAUGCUUACCAUCCCUGGACUACAGGCAUGGGUUUGUUAAUCCAUCUUUAUUCACAGGUCAGAGUGAAUGCAAUUGUACCUUCCAUGAAGGUACUUUGUACUUGUUUUUAUAUUACAGUGUUGUGCUGUUGUACAUGAAUCUGUAGGCCAAGUGGCUGCGGUUGUGAAAAAAUAAAAACACUCUUGGCUAUACAAACAAUUGUUAGUAAAACAGCUUUAGUGUUUGCAUUAAAAUAAGACUAUACAGUAUAUUGUUAAUAUUUAAAACUGCAUUUAUUUUGUUAAAAUUGAGACUAAUGCACUGCUUGACACAGCCUGAUAGUGCUCAUCACAGCAUAUGAGAAAUUAUUAUAAAAAUCUACCUUUGAGAUAUUAAUGCUUCUGUGUAUCUGUGUAGUUCCAGUAUGUGAAGAUUUGCAUAAAAAGGUAUCAAUUGAUUUUAACUGAAUUAAGAACGCAACACACAUUAUGUAGAGAUGAUACGAGUCAAAAUACAUAUAGUUAUGUAUUUCUUAUGUUACAGGUUUAUAUUAGCAUUGAAAUAUACUUGCAAAGUGACAAAAGUGGUUCCUCAAAGGUAGGCUCUGCUUUAUUUAAUGUACCCAGAUAGAUGCACUGUCCUUUGAAAACCAAUGCUGUAUAAGUAUUGUGUCUAAUGUGUUUUUCAGUAUCUAGGUAAAAGAAGGAUGUCCCACUCACUACUUAAGAUUAAAGACAUUUUAAGAGCUGUU